AUGGCGCUGGUUAACGAAAUAUUGUCCCCGACAAACCUCGCUGUCUCCCUGCUGAUCUGCUGUGGGAGGUUCCACCUGGGAUCCAGUCUCAAGUGCUACGACUGCUUAAACAGGAACUGUGAGAACACCAAGGAGUGCACCACUGAGGACGCCUGCCUGUCUCUGACUGCAGGAGAAAAUAUUGUUCGUCAGUGUAUCAAGUAUUCAGACUGCAACUUCGACCUCCUCUCUAUCAAGUUUCCAACUUUCUCCGGGUUCAAGUUCAGCUGCUGCCAGACAAACCUCUGCAACUCCGGCCACGCCCUCAAAAUGACCACACCCAUCCUGGUGCUGCUGGGGGCGCUGCUGAGUGUUAUUUGGUCUUGGAUUUAAAGGUGUUGUGACUCUCAGAAUUAUGGCAAAUGAAGAAAACCCAGAAUCAGUAUAUCACCAUUGAGUUCCGUCGUUCACCUGCAGCAGCACUGGCGUCAUACAUCACUUCACAUUUGAUUAACUCCCCAUGAUUAACUCCCCGUGAUUAGCUCCCUGUGAUUAGCUCCCUGUGAUUAGCUCCCUGUGAUUAGCUCAAAGUUUAAAGUUAAGCUUCAGUUUAUUUUGUUAGCUGAGACCUAACGUUAGCAUUAACAGCUAUUGUUUGCAUUGAAGGACCUGCGUGUUGUCGCUGCAGUGAUGUCAGCCCAACCUCAGCUCCAGACACAAUAAAACUUUUUAGUUGAAA